UUCUUCUCUAUCGCCUUUCCAUGAAUGCUCAAACUCAUCACCAUAAAUUAUCUCUUUUCUCUUAAAAAUCUACUCUCUCGAUUUCUCCUCCCUGAGCCUCCCUAUUCUUCCUCCUUGAUUCUCUCCUCUCCUCCUCGUGGAGGAGCCUUUCUAGCUGCUCAGGCGUUCGUGGGUGCGAUUGAUAAUCGAAAAUGAAUUCUUGUGGAUAUCUGCGAAAGAGCGCCAUGGGUGGCUGCGAGGAGAGGAGGAUGAUGGUGGGAGACUCUAUGGUUUGUCCCAAGCCUCGUCGUUUGGGCCUGUCAAAUCCUUCCUUUCAUGAUCAAUUCAGACCCUUAAGAUUACCCAUCAACAGUCACCCAACAGACGUGGGAGAUUCUCUUGCUGGGGCUGAGCUUCUUGACAUAAUUCUUUCUAAGGGAGGAUGUGGUGGUGAAAGAUCAGCUUACCAGGUUGCAUCUUCGCCUCCAUUUUACUGUGGAUCACCCCCAAGUAGAGCAUCAAAUCCUGUAGUCCAAGAUGCUCAAUUUGGCAGUGAAAUGAUAACUCCUCUACCUCCUUCUCCACUGUCACCCUCCUCAUCCUCAGCGCGGAAGGGAGGAGGUUUUGUCCGAAUGAAGUUUGGGCACAAGCCUGCAACGGUAAGGAUCGAAGGGUUUGAUUGUCUUAGCCGAGAUAGGCGAAAUUGUAGCAUCUCUGCAGUGGCUUAAGCAUUGAACUGUUGAUUCAAACAAGCCACAAGUAGCAAAUUUUGAUCUUAAGAGGAGGUGGGGGAGAGAAAAAAUUGUGGGAGGAGAGGCUAAUGGUAAUGAACUAGUACUGUGUUUUUGUUUAAUGUAUAUAGAGUCUUACUUGGUGUUUCAUGGCGAGUUUUGCUUGCACUCUCAGAAUAUGUACAUGUAAUUUAAGGUUAUUGAGAGUUGUUUAAUUUUGAAGAAAUAAAAAGGGAGAGUUUCUCUCUUUGUAGGUUUCAUUGUUCUUGUUUAUAGAAAGAGAAAGGGAGGGUUUAGAUCUUUUGGAUUGAUUCCAUUGUAAUAUUUCUAUGUUUGUCAGUUUUUUUUUUCUAAUCCUUGUUUGUAACUGUAAUUCGAAUGAAAUAAGGAUUAGCUGAUUUGAAAA